UAACUUUCUUUAACGUGCGAAUCGACUGAAAAUUCUGAGUCAGAAUCAGCGAGAGAACAUAUUCAUGAUCUGACUGAGACAUGGGAUUUUUCAUUCGCCCAAGGGAAGAAAUUCCCAUAUCGUGAAAUUGUUAAAUACCACCUCACUUCCUCCCAUUUUCAUUGACUUUGAGUCUGCUCUAAAGUUUCCAGCUCCAGAGCCAGAGGCAUUCAAAUCCAUGGCGGCUUCUACUUACAGAGCACUUCGCCAGGUGUGGCGGCCAAACCCAAUGUUGCACCGCAGUACCCAAAAAGGGCACAGCGUUAGAGUGGCGCAUUUGGGAAAUCCAUUGCCCUGUUUCAUGCAUUGCCGCGAAUUUAUUGGGGUGAGCCAGGCCCAAAUCCACCCUUCUGUAUUUUAUGGCGAUCUGUUGCGCAAGAAUAUGGAUGACAUUAUUUCUCAUGAGAUGCCGGGGCUGGAUCAAAUCCGGCCUCCAAUGGCCCAGAAGAUUACGGUGGAGGACGCGAGAAAAUUCCUCAGAUUAGCUCGCAUGGAGUCGCUGAAAAGAAGUUUGAAUCAAAUUCCCCAGGACUCCAUUUCCUAUAAUGAAUUCCUGCAAGUGUGCAGGGAAGCAUUGGAUCCGAGUUCUGAGAAGGAGGCAAUGGCCCUUGCUAAGCUCCUCGACGAAUCAGGGCACAUUCUGGUGAUUGGCCGCAAAGUCCACCUUCGUCCUGAUAAGGUCGCAAGAGCUAUAGAGGAGGCGAUUGCUCUGUCACCGGCGGCCAUUAGAAAUCCUUGCAGAGCGGAGCUCGCAGAUUUGGAGAAACAGAAGGCGGAAAUCGAUGUUGAAGCUGAGAAGCGCACAAAGGCUGAAUUGUGGUGGGGAUUGGGGAUUUUUGCUGCUAAGACUGCAAUUUUCAUUAGGUGGACGUUCUGGGAUCUGUCAUGGGAUGUGAUGGAGCCUCUCUGUUUUUUCGUCACAUCUUUCUACUUUAUGGCAGGAUAUGUGUUCUUCCUCACCACUUCAUCUCCUCCCACGUUUGGAGGAUUCUUCAGAGCUCGCUUCCUGGCCAGACAGAGGCAGCUCAUGAAGCAAAGAAAUUUUGACUUGCAUCGCUUCAAACACCUUCAGAUGUUAUCUAUGCCAAGAUUCAACUAUGACUUGGAGGUCUCAAGAUUCAAAUAUAAUUAGUAUUUAAUAUCAGUUUCAAAAUGGUACCAAAAAUCAAUAAUAUAAAAUUUGUCAAAAAUUAAAAAUAGUUGAUUGUGAUCAAUAGAAUUAAUUGUUUUUAAUUUUUCAAAAAUUUUCGAAAAAGUCAAUAGCACGAAAUUUAU